GCUCUCUCAUUUCCCACUCUCCUUUUUUCUUUUUCUGUUGAGCUUUUUUCUCGCGCUCUCUCCUUGUAAUAGCUCAUUAAUUUACUUUAGCAAGCAACGCCAGCAAAGCAAGUGGUACAGCAGUUGCAUGCGUUAAUGUCAUAACGUGCUGCAUUUUUAAUUUUCUCCGUUCCUUAUGCGUGUAUUUUUAAGCAGAAUAAGUAACUACAACAAAAAAAUCAUCGAGAGCAUUAAAAUCUUACAGAGUUAGGCUUAAAUGAGGUAGUUUUCAGAAUUUUUAGUCGCUCGAAUUCCGCCCAAAAAUGAAUUCAAUCAAAACGCCCCAGCUUUUUCAAGAUGACUCUCAGAUGCUUUACACCACAAUGGUUGGAGUAAUGAUGGCCGCCAUCUUUGCUGCUGGUUUCCAUGACGACGUAGACCGUACCCUCACCCGUCUUGCCCCAGAAGGUACGUCAUAUCCGUUUCCGGAAGAAACGCGCCUUCCAGCUGCAAAACUAACGUCCGCAAUCGGAGGAUUUCUUCUUGGAGUAUUCUUCUGGACUCUCCUUAAUAAGUUACGAUGGGAAAUCAUACGACAGUUGCUGAAAUACAGGGAUUGGUUGUAUUUUCCAAGAAGUUUCAAAACAAAGUGUUGGUUCAUGGCUUUGUCAGCAUUUAUACCACGAGAAAAAUUUCUUUACACAUUUCAACACGUUCUACCCCAUUACCCUCUGCCUACACUGGAAAGCACAUGCAGAAAAAUGUUACUGACAGUAGAACCGCUGGUCACCCCCGAUGAAUUCCAGGAAAUAAAAAAAGAAAUGAAGGAAUUUCUAAAGAAUGAAGGUCCCAUGUUACAAGCCAUACUAGAGAAAAGAGAGAAAACAGAAGACAAUUGGGUUGCCGAUCUAUGGGACAAAUAUGCAUAUUUAGUCAAUCGUUCCUCCCUAUUGUAUACCAAUUUCUGCACGGACAGUGCUAUUGAAAAAUCUGACCUUGCUGAAUGUGCUCCAAAAAAGCAGAGUGCUAGGGCUGGCUGUGUUGUAUUCCAUCAUCUCAAAUUUUAUGAAAUGAUUGCUGACAGAAAGCUUCCCCCUUUGCUUGUACAAAACCUGGUCCCCAUUUGUUGCCAUAGAUACAGAUAUCUAUUCGCUUGUACCAGAGUUCCAGGCUUGGCGAUGGACGAAUUAAAAACCUAUGAAAAUUCAAAGCAUAUUAUUGUGAUAAGAAAAGGUAUCAUGUACAAAGUUAAUGUUUAUGGAUCGGAUUCAAAUGGUAACGAGUCCAUUUUAUCACCACGUGAGUUACAAACCGUAUUCCAAGACAUAAUUGACGAGACUGAAGAUAUAACUGAAGUACAAUGGAACCCAGCAGUGUUUACCACACAAAACCGAACACUUUGGGCACAGGAGCGAGAAAAAUUGAUGAGUCAUCCUUCGAAUAAAAUAAAUCUCUAUGAUGUUGAAAGUGCGAUCUUGCAUAUUGCGUUGGACCAAUCAAAACCCAAGAAUCUUACGAACGAGGCAUGGACAAACCUGUGUGGGGGUGAAUUCAACCGAUGGUAUGACAAGUCACUCACAUGUACAGUAUAUGAGAAUGGGUUGGCUGGGGGCAAUGUGGAACACACAACUGCUGAUGCUACUUUAACCAGCCGAGUUCUAGAGUACGUAUGGGCCAACAGCAAAUACGACAGCGAAGGUAAUGCAUUCGAUCAAAAUGCAGUUUCCCACCCAAUCCUGACCGUGCCUACCAAGAUAAAAUGGGACUUGGAAGAAUUCAAACUAGUGAUUCCAAAAUAUCUGACACACCACACACAAAUGUCUCACAACCUGGAUAUGCAUGCCUUGAAACUCAUGCAAGGGAAAGGAGAAAUCAAAAAAUGCCGUGUGAGUCCUGAUAGUUUUAUGCAGCUUGCUCUGCAACUUACAUUCUACAGAAUGCAUAAGAAGGCACCUAAGACGUAUGAAACAGCUAUGACAAGGUUUUUCAAAUACGGUAGAACUGAAACUAUUCGUACAGUAUCCAUGCAUUCUCUAGCAUUCACAAAGGCGAUGGAUGACACCUCUGUCAGCAAAUCUGACUGCUUAAAGCAUUUAAAAGCAGCAAUGUUGCAUCACAAUAAUUAUAAACUGGACGCUAUGAAUGGUAGAGCUUCCGACAGACAUAUGUUCGGACUUUACGUGGCCGCAAAAUUCGCUGGAAUUUCACCAAAGAUUUUCAAUAUAAAGGUUUUUACCGACUAUGAUCAACUGUCCACAUCCCAAUCUCCCUAUUUAUUCGACAAACAUUAUGCUGAUAUUAUUGGACUCUUCCCUUCUGGUGGCGGGUUCGCCCCACAAACUGAAGAUGGUUACGGGGUCUAUUAUCUAUUUCUCGGAGAAAACAGAAUGACAAUACACAUUACAAGCUACCACAGUUGUGCAGAAACAAGUUCACAGAAAUUUGGUCAAAAUUUGCUUCAAGCGAUGGAUGACAUGAAAAUAUUACUCAAAAAAUAACAAAAUUUUUAAAAAGGAACUAAUUUUGGUUUUUUGAAAAUAUAAAAGUUACAAACAAUGUCAAAAGCCACGAUUUUAGAGCCUACUGUUCAAAAGCCGCAGUUUUAAAGGUUUGAAUUAUAAAGCUGUUAAAUUAAUAUUACCAAAAUCAAUAAAAUAGUGAUUAUUAGCAAAGGAAAAAAGCUGUUAUUUGCAAAGAUUAAUUAAUUUCAUUUUAGGAAUUGUUGGCUUUAAAUCUGCGGCUUUUUAAACUUGCGGCUUUCAAUAUGUGGCUUUAAAUUCACACAGAACUAAUAAUUUCAACUGUUAAGAGAUUUUUCCCGCAUUUACAGUUCUAUUCAUGCAAAAUAACACAGUACUUCUUCAUUAUGAAGCAUUUAAUGAGAUUUUACGCGAUGUAGCAGACACAUUACUUUCAUUUUAAGAGCCUUUUUCCAAAAUGCAUUAUGUUGUUUUACAAAAAUUGUUAUUAUAGCAAUACUUCUCAACCCCUAGUUACUAUUUUAUUUAAUUGGGCCACCCAGUACAGUGGUUUAAAAAGCCUUUUGACUCUUAUUUUAAAAAAUAAAGAAAAAUUUGUAUGAUUGAAAAAAUUUUGGUAAAAUAUAGUUUCGGAAAUAUUUUCGUUUUUCGCUUUUUUCCAAAAAUUUCGCUUUUAAUUUAUGCUUAAUAUUUUGGGUCACUAAAAAAGUUGAGAAGCAAAUGCUUGAAAACAUAAACCUAUCACGAGAUUUCAGUUUAGAAAUUAAAUUUUACUAAUUUUUGAUUUUUUCGUAUUUUCCUAAUUCAUUUGCACUUCUAAUACUAAAUUUUGAAAAUAUCAAAAUUUUAAUCUAUUUGAGAUUUAAAAUUUAAUUCAGGCCAAAAAAUAUCAAUUUUUACAAAAAUGUGUUGUGUAAAAAAAUAAUUUCUAAGUGUCUCUAAAUAUUGUACAUACAAUAACUUGCAGUGUAUGCCUUUUGCCCUGUAUGUGUUUUUAUCCUAAUCGUACCAAACAGUGCUGAUAUACCAACAUAUGUGUAACCCAACUACAGUAUAGUACUGUGGGAUAAGAUGGAUACCGUUAUAAUAAUUUCCCAUAUCUCCAUAUGUGUUUUUUUUUAAAAAUACCGCUAUUUUAGCGCCGUAAGGUUACAGUUAUCUAAAUCUUUGAAUAUGCUUUUUUUGCUACCAAAUUGGACGUUAAAAUUGAAUGAAAACGGACUAUUUUACCACAAAGUAUAUACAAAACAUUUUAUUCUGACAUGUCAUUUAUUUUCGAAUUAUUGCAAAAACGAACUACGUGUUUUUCUUUUUUGUGUUUUAAAAUGCAUUGCCUAUUGUUGCAUGUCAAAUAGAAAACAGAACCCUGUCCAAAAGUUAGCCUAUCGUAUAGUUACUUUAUUUAACAAUGCAAAUAUAAAAUUGUCUUUUUGUAACGUGUAUAAAACGCCUUUAAAGUACAUUAAUACGCUUUAGCUAUUCGAUUUAGUCUCAUUUACACUUAAUAAACGUAGCCGCGUGUGUUCGUAUGCUUUA